GCGUACGUGAUCUACGUGACUUUUCUGCAUUAAGACAAGACUUAAAAACCAUACAUUUUCCUCUUUUCUUUUCUUUUCUUCUUCUUCUUUAGCUUCCACAAUGCUAUUUAAAACUGGUCAUCUACUUUGUGUAUUUCUAUUGAUUUGCAGUAGCGUUUCGGCUCGAUUGUUCUAUUGGCCAAGUGAUACCUAUUCUUUCUCUACAAAUUCCUUUGCUUCAAAUGUUCAAGUCAAAGUCUGCAGUAAGCCUGACUACGCUCUCAAAAUCAGAUCAGUCAAAAUCACUCCCGAAAUUGUUGUACCUGGAGGAGAGGUAAUUAUUCAAGCAACAGGUACUGUUUAUGAGCCUGUUUUGCCAGGCUCUGAAGCAGAUGUUGUGGUCAAGUUUGGUGUAGUCAAGUUGUUGCAUAAGAAGUUUGAUAUUUGUAAUGAACUUGAAAAGAAAAAAGAUGAUGUAGAGCUUCAAUGCCCUAUUGAUCAAGGCGAUUUAACGGUUACACAAAAAGUCACAUUGCCUAAAGAGAUUCCGAAGGGAAAAUUUGCCGUCUUGGUUCAUGCAACUACUGCUGACAAUCAUCCUUUGACUUGCCUUCAAGUGCUUGUUGACUUUAGAAAUCAUCGUCGUCUCUUAAGUGAAAACCGUUUCUUGAGAAUGGAUUUAGAUCAUAUAUAAUAAACUCUAUCAUUCCUAGUGAAGGGGGGAUAGCCAUUAAAUGCUUUGAUUGAAGCCAAUCAAUCUGUUUUCAAAUGAAAACUAA